AUGGGAGCAGGACAGUCCAAGACGGACCAAUCCACCAAACAUGUCUUUACCAGUGAUACACCCAUACAAUUUUCACAAGAACUGAUAGAUUCCCUGCAAGCAUCUUCAGAAACCAAUUCCACCCGCGCCAAAUCUCUCGAACUACACAUCGCUCAACGAGUAGCCGCAGAACUCGAGAAGCUCAAAGCGCAUGAACAGAAAACCCUAGACGAGCUCCGGAAAAAGAUCGCCGAGGCUUCUUCCUCUCCCGACUCUGAUUCUUCAUCCUCCUCCAUCCUCUCAGUAUCACCUAAAGAACUCUUCUCGAGCGAGUCCGAAGCCGAAAAGUCGCGAAAAGGGCAAACGUCAGAAAAGGUUCGACAAGAGAUUGAAAAGCUGAAACAAACUUUGGGGCAGAGAAAGACUCUGACCCAGUUACCUACAGAGGUUGAGACUGCCCGACAAGAUGUCAUCUCCUGCCUACGACUCAACGACCGGAAGCCGCUCGAUUGCUGGAAAGAGGUUGAAGCUUUCAAACGUGAAGUCAGGAAGCUCGAGGAGAAUUAUGUCUCUUCUGUUCUAUAA